AUGGCGACGGAUGAGGACCGACCUCGAGAAGCAGGCGGAGGAGAUGGCGCAGAAGGCGUUACCAGCGACCCUGCCGGAGUCUGUGCGCAAGGUGAAGCUGCCAGCGGUGAAGCAGAAGAUCCUCGACAGACUGAAGGCGCGGGGCCUUGUCGCAGGGCGCCGCCCCCGCCGCCGCCCGACGCCAAGGAGGUCGUCACUCCCAAGGUCGCCGACGUGGAGCUGUGCGGGGACGAGCCGUGGUUCGCCGAGGCGGCGGUCCGGAGGAGGCUGCGGGAGUUCGUGGCGGAGGCGCACAAGGAGAACAGAAAAUCCUGGUUGGGGCGCCUGCAGAUGAGGUGGUCCGAAUCUGCCCAGAGGACUGACGGGCGGCAGCUUGGUGCCGGCGGCGUUCUCCGCUUGGGGGGCGCGCACCUGGGGGGCUACGGCGAGUCCGACAUCGCGUACGCCUACAGGCAGCUCUCCAGGGCCCUGCACCCGGACAAGAACCCGGACCUGCCGAAGGCGCCGGCGGCCUUCCACCGGCUGUCGGAGGCGGCGGACGAGCUGCGCGAGGGGCUGAACCAGCAGAGGCACGCCCUGCAGACGCUGGUCUCGGCCAUGGGCGGCACCGCCACGGACCAGAUGUGCGAGCGCCCGCAGGAGGCGCUCUUCGCCGAGGCCUGCCGGCUGCUGAGCGCCAUCUGCGGCCUCGCCGGAGAGGGCGAGGUGCCCCCCGCGGCGCAGAGCCGGGCGCUGGGCGCGUUCUCGAGGUCGGGCAUGUACCACGGUAGUCAGCCGCAGUCGUUGUUGUCCGACUGGUUUGAGAAGACCCAGCUCGUGGACCUGUUCGGCAGCACUACGACCGCGUACGACUGUGCGCCGAAGCGGUACCGAGCCCAGUUCUUGUGCUGGCUCAACCGCGCAGCGGUAGUCGAGGCGAAGCGCUUCAACGACUGCGUCCGCAGCCAAUGGCACGUCAUCAUGCAGUCCUUCCCGGAACUCGGCCUGUGGCGGAACAUGUGGGACAUGAUCUCGCAGCGGGUGUGGGACUCCAGCAACGACCCGCCAGAGGUCCAGAAGGCGGAGAAGCCGAAGAGCCGCAGCCGCAGCCGCCGGCGCAAGAGCAAGAGCCGGAGCCGACGCCGCCGCAGCCGCAGCGGCCGCCGGAAGGAGCCCGAGGACGUCCGCCCCCGCGGCGGCGUCCGUGCGGAGAUCGAGUUCGCGGCGGACCGGCAGCGCGACAUCGCCUGGGAGAAUCGCUGGACCACCAGCGACGACCCCAACGCCCCGAAGGUCAACAGCAAGACCAGACUACGCGAGGAGAAACUGAAGCGGAAGAGAGCGAUCGAAGAGCACCCAACCACAGGCGUCCGGGCCUGCCGGUGGGGCCGCAAGUGGCGCGCGGCCAUCUGCGCCGUCUUGCCCAGCGGGCUCGACGGGGCCACCAAGCCGGACGACCUGGAGCUGCGGAAGUUCGGCUUCCACCUGUGGAAGGAGAUCGUCAGGGGAGCCGCCGGCACCGACGCGGAGCGGGUCCUCGGGCUCUUCAGGGCGGACAAGCAGUCGGCCAGGACCUUCGGCUGGGAGAACAAGGGCGAGCAGAACCCAGCGUCGCGGGGCCUGGACCCGGACACGCCGCCCUGCGAGUGGGCGUUCGUCCCCAUCACCGAUUUGCUGCUGGUCGUCGGGGAGGGCGUGAUCGGCGUCACUGCCGAGGGUUUGCUCGCGAACAACCCCUCUGGCCACAAGCGCGUGCCGCCCAUCCAGUGCUUCAAAAAGCCGGGGCAGAAGAAGUCAGAGGCGGAGAAGGCGCUCACGGCGGCCUUGACCGCGGCGGCGGUGGGCCAGGCGGGCGCGAGGCCAGCGGGGCCUCUGGCCAACGGCAGCGAGGCGCCCCCCAUGAUGAUGCCGCCGUCCAUGAUGAUGGCCCAGGCGGCGGCGAUGGGCCAGGUGCCGGCGCAGCAGGCGAAGCCCUCCAAGUGGGACGUCAUCUGA